AUGAGUUCUUCAUCAAGCUCUCGCGAACCUUCACCAUCUAUGAAACAAACUUUACCAAACGAUUAUGGAGCAUCUAUUGAAUAUUUCUUACGAGCUGCACAAUGGCAAAGAGCAGUCUCACCAAGGUUAGGUGUUCCACCAGCUCCUGUCAAAAAUAGCAUUUGGUCAAGUCCUUAUAUAAAAUAUGGUCUCCCACUAGGUUUGCUAGCUACAGCAGGAGCAGUUAUGAUGUUGAAAAGAAACAAAGCAAAUGUUGUAAAUAAUACUGAAGUAGCUGAAGUUAAACAAACUCCAACACCUUCGCCAAAACCAACACCUUCACAAGCAAAACCUUCAAUGACUCCUGAACCUAUGGAAGUACAAACUCCUGUUCAAAAGUCAACUCCUAAACCGACUCCAACAUUUAAACCAGAACCUACUCCUCAAAUAAAUCGUAAAACUCCUGCGUUUCCUUACUGA